UCGCGGCCUCACGGGACUCCCUUCUCCUCUGUUUCUUCCUCCCCCUUCCCCACCACGCUCGCGGCUUAGCUUCCCACCGCCCCGCCCAGGCGCGCCUCCCCCUCCUCCUCUUCUCCUUAGAAAAUGGCGAUGAUGGUGGAUCCUCCAAAUGGAUUGGGAAGCCAAGGAAAGCAUUACUACUCUAUGUGGCAAACAUUAUUUGAGAUAGACACUAAAUAUGUGCCUAUCAAGCCCAUAGGGCGAGGAGCUUAUGGAAUAGUUUGUUCAUCCAUCAACCGCGAGACAAAUGAGAAAGUAGCAAUAAAGAAGAUACACAAUGUUUUUGACAACCGUGUGGAUGCACUAAGGACCUUGCGGGAGCUGAAACUCCUUCGCCAUCUCCGCCAUGAGAAUGUCAUUGCUUUGAAGGACAUAAUGAUGCCAGCACACAGGAGGAGCUUUAAGGAUGUGUACUUGGUCUAUGAGCUCAUGGAUACUGAUUUGCACCAGAUAAUCAAAUCACCUCAGGGGCUUUCCAAUGAUCACUGCCAGUAUUUUCUUUUUCAGUUGCUCCGAGGACUGAAAUAUCUCCAUUCAGCAGAAAUACUCCACAGAGACCUAAAACCUGGAAACCUGCUGGUGAAUGCCAACUGUGAUCUGAAGAUAUGUGAUUUUGGCCUUGCGCGUACAAACAGCAGUAAAGGCCAGUUUAUGACUGAAUACGUCGUCACCCGCUGGUACAGAGCUCCUGAGUUGCUCCUCUGCUGUGACAACUAUGGGACAUCCAUAGAUGUUUGGUCUGUUGGGUGCAUCUUUGCUGAGCUCCUUGGCCGCAAGCCAAUAUUUCCAGGAACCGAGUGCCUAAACCAGCUCAAGCUCAUAGUGAAUGUUCUCGGCACCAUGAGUGAGUCUGACCUAGAGUUCAUCGACAACCCGAAAGCUCGGAGAUACAUCAAGUCCCUUCCCUACACUCCUGGUGUUCCCCUGGCAACUAUGUACCCGCAUGCGCACCCCCUCGCCAUUGAUCUACUGCAGAAGAUGCUCAUCUUCGACCCCACCAAGAGGAUCAGCGUCACCGAGGCUCUUGAGCACCCUUACAUGUCCCCUCUGUACGAUCCAAGCGCGAACCCUCCUGCCCAGGUGCCCAUCGAUCUCGACAUAGACGAAAACAUCAGCUCGGAGAUGAUCAGAGAAAUGAUGUGGCAGGAGAUGCUCCACUACCACCCCGAAGUCGUCACGGCAGUAAGCAUGUCAUGAUCUCCUACUGUCCCAGGACCUCGGCAGGCUCACCCUUUUUUUGAUAAAAGCCUACUGCGAUUUAGCCGACUACGGCGCCUAGCUUUUGUAGCACCUUUAAUGUGUGUUUGAUGCUUGGCUUGUGUAAAUACGAAGAUGCGCCCAAUAGGAGGCGUAUGGAUAGCUUUUAUCAUCAUGGACCAUUACUUGGUGUAUGCAUCGGUCGACUGUUGUGUGAUGUUGUAUGAGUUCAUGAAGCUCUGUUAAAGUGAGCUCAGUAAUCCUAUGAGUACUUAGUUCAGUAAUCUCUACUGUUUA